AUGGGUCAUAAGCAAAGUCGAAUUGUACUUUGCCGUAGGCGUAGGCGCUUUUUUAAGUACUUCGUCUUGUGCAUUGUCGAAAGGAAGCCCAGUUGCAAAAUAUUCUUGGCCUUCCGGGUACCAUCGGAAUCACUCUCAGUGGACUACACUAUUAGCGAUGCGGAACUGCUUCUACAACAUGGGUUCAGAGUUAGUGAGAGGAAUGUGGAGGAGUAUGAGGUGACCAAUCCUAAGCGGGGGCCUGUUCACGUCGAUCCCGAGGCAGCAGAUGCGCUAGACCAUUAUUGCGGAAGCAAUAUGCUCUGCAUUCUGAAGCGAUACCACUGUCCGGAUGAUCGCAGCCAGAUAAACAUUAAAAAAAGAACCAACAACGAAAUUAGAUCGCUGCAACGACUUCGCCGAUCGAAGAAUGUAGUCACGCUGUAG